AUGUCACGUCCAGAGAAACACGAGGCUUUCGCUAUGGCUUCAGGCUUGCCGAUCGCACGGGAUCCGUCACUUUUCGAAGAAACGGCGGAGAAGAAGAAGCGGCGUCCGGAGAAGGCACGCCGAUCCCGGAACGAGAUCAACGGAUUACAAGACGAUUGGCUCUGUCGUACUUUCUUCUUCGUUCGCACGAGUCUCGUGAUGAUUUCUGGCGGAAGCUGGACGACGCGUGGCAUGGACAAAGACGACGGAAAUGUGUACCGUACACGAGGAUGACUCGCGGGGGAGAAUGGGUGAACGAGAGAGCGGGGCGCGCG